CGGAGAUAACUGCCCCUCAUUGUGCUCCAUCUGAGUCUAAGGAGAGCGAGUUAAGGGAAGAAGGACAUAGGGACAGUCUGGGUAUAGAGACGAGAGACAAAGACAUUUAGGACUGGUUCCUCAUCUUUGAAACUUGGGGGAGAUGAAGCUUCUCCUCAGAGCUCUGACUGCUCUGCUCUGCUGUUCAUUGUCUGUCUCAAACACACUGGACCCUGCUGGAAGGAACGUCUGCCACAAUCCCAGAAACCCCUCCACCUUGGUGUGCUGCACCGGAUGGCGUCAAGAAGGAAAAGAGUGCACUAUCCCUGUGUGUGAGGGAAAACAGGCUUGCCAGAAGGAUGAGAUCUGUGUGUAUCCUGGAGUGUGUCACUGCCCACCUGGCUACUUUGGAGCUCGUUGUAAAACACGCUGUCCUCCUGACUUCUGGGAUUCAGAUUGUCGCAAGGUGUGUCCGUGCCAUCCAAACGGCCGCUGCCAUCCUGUUACUGGUGCUUGCACCUGUAACCAAAACCGCUGGGGCCCACUGUGCCAGUAUGCCUGUAAGUGUGCCCGACACGGCCACUGCAACCCCGUUUAUGGAAACUGCACCUGUGACGAUGGCUGGUGGUCGUCCAUUUGCUCCAAACCGUGUCAGUGCGUCAGUGGGGGAUCUGUGGGCCCCGGCUGUGACCAGCUGACAGGUCGGUGCCAGUGCCGCAGGGGCCACUGGGGGCUGAAAUGUCCUGUUACGUGUAACUGCUAUCUGUCGCCGUGUAAUCAGCGCACAGGGGUGUGCGAGUGUGAGCCAGAGUGGUGGGGACCCAGCUGUGACCGACGGUGUAACUGUGACCUCACACACAGCAGCUGUGACCUGGCAAAUGGGCAGUGUUUGUGCCACCCAGGGUUCAAGGGGGAUUUCUGCAACCAGCCCUGUGGAGAGGGGGAGUACGGCAGUGGUUGUACAAUGAGCUGUGGUUUCUGUAAAGACAAACAGCGCUGCUCAGCCACUGAUGGAGAAUGUCAUGCCUGCGAGCCUGGAUGGAACGGCACACGAUGUGACCGCCCCUGCCCACCUGGUUACUAUGGCGAUGGAUGCAAGGAAGAGUGUCCAAGAUGUAAAAAUAAUGAACCAUGUGAUCCAAAGACUGGAAUAUGUCAGAGGUGUGACUCUGGAUUGACUGGACCCAGAUGUGAUGAGAUCUGCUCUGACGGGACGUUUGGAGACGCCUGCAGCUUCCUGUGUAGCCCUUGUUUCCAUGGUAACUGCCAUCCCGUGACAGGAAGAUGCAUUUGUCAGGCAGGCUUUCAGGGAGAGAGCUGUAAUAGCAGCUGCUCGGCCCUGCAGUUUGGAAUCAACUGCUCGUAUGCCUGUGACUGUGGUGAGGGCGUUGGGUGUCACCCAGUCACUGGUGUCUGCUCGAAUGGUGUCAGAGGGUCUGUACUGGCAGGUGUGCUGGUCCCGCUGCUCCUGGUGCUCCUUGCUGUGCUCUGCUGCUGUCUGUGCUGUGGAGGAGGCCCUGUUGAUGGUAAAGACAGAGCAACCUUGGCUGAAGGAGGCUGGUCAGUGCGGAUGAAAUAUCACGUAUACAGCGUCCUGGCUAACAUUGGUGCUGCCCUUCCCUGCAUCUCUGAUUGGUCAUCUGGACUGCCACGUGUCACUGUGUCUCACCAUGAUCCAGAGCUGACGUUUAACCACAGCUUUAUUGAGCCUCCAUCCUCUGGCUGGGUGACUGAAGGGUCAUCCUUUGACAGUGAUGAAGAGGAGGGUGAGGCGCUCUACUGUGUUCCUCCAAGAGAAGACAUCCCAGCUGUGGCGGGGGGAGAGUUUCAGGAGAUGAGCUCAAAGUGCAACAUGUUCUUGGACCCAUCCGGCUUCAGCAGUGAAGACAUUACCUCUCCCUUUAACAUCCCUCGCACCUCGAGCAACGCCAAGGCCAAGCGACCAUCUGUCUCUUUUGCAGAAGGUACCCGCUUCAGCCCUAAGGAGAGGCGUGGCUCGGCCCAGGACCCAGCUGCUCUCUCACGCAACAAACCCAAGUCACCCUGGGGGGUACUGAUGCUGUCUGCCCUUCAGAGUCAGGGGGGUACAGCUGCAACCGGGGAGGAGGAUGGAGCUGAUGGGGAGGAGAGGGAGGAUGAAGUGGACUUGCAGGUGACAGAGGAACCAAGCUGUGACACAGGAGAUCAUGAAGUAGACAGAACCCCAUCCAGGGCUACCCUGCAGGUCCCAGGGGCUUCAGGUCGAAGACGGACAAUGUCCAACCCAGCUGCUCACAAAGGGACUCAGCUGCCAACAUCUGCCUCAGAAGCUCAGGCAGGGAGCUCGAGCAAGGUCACCACAGUGUAUGUGACAGUGGGUAAAGCAGGCAGGCCGGUGUCAAAAACUGAGUCCAGCUCUGAAGGUCCUGUUCAGGCCAUGCUGCGACGACUUGGCAGCCUCCAGAGACAAAGAGAGCAGGAGUCUACCAGAUCCAAGCCUAGAACCACUGAAGGGAUCACUAAACCACCAAGGAAGAAGUUGGGAGCUCGGGCGAAUGUGUGGGAGCAGGGGGGUCCUUCAGGAGUGGACCAUGGGGUGUGUAAGCCAAUCAGGAGAAAACACAGUGCCCUCAAGCCUGCUGACUCGGCUGGUGGUAAUGACACACCAUCAUCAGAGAGCAGCACGCCAAAGAGGCCGCUGUCGUCUAUUUUGAAAAGCUUGCCAGAGGUGGGUUUAGCUGACUCAGGGUCAGAUCAGAGGGCAGAAGGAGGCCCGGGUACAGGGAACACUGAGAGCACUUACUUGACUGUGGGACCAGCAGGGGAUGCUGCAAGCAUCACUGAGGUCAUCACCAAUGAAGCUGCAGUGGUCAGUGUGAGUGAUGAACCCUGCUAUGAAAAUGUCUGCAUCAAACACUCAUAACCUCUGACAAACUUAAUCAGCAGGUCUGAUCCACACACAACACAAAAUCCAACUAGAAACGAAAGACUGAAGCCGAUCCUUAUGCCUCCUUAUACAAAAUGAACAAACAUUACAAUUAAAAUGUUUUUUUUUUAUAAGGUCUGAAACUGUUGCCACUUGGUAGGUGUUUAAUAAAACUAUUUCCUGUACAUGACCAGCUGACAAAUGUUUAAACUGCUGCCUGAUACCAAAAUAACAAAGCAGUUGAAUGUAUUAUUAAAAUUUGAAUAUGUUGGUCCUUGUUGUUUUUAAUACUGUGAUGCAGCCACUAGCCACUAGAAAGGGCUGUAGCUAUGGACUAGCUUCAGCCUCAGCUAACAGGCUCUCUCCCUUUACUCAACUGUCUGGAUGUUAACAAGCACAGAAAAUGAUGGCAUUGCCACAAGAGUACAGACAGAAAGCUCCAUUCUUAUUCGUAUCAUUUCAAACGUAUACCUAAUUGAGCCUUAAAUGCUGGUGGUGUUAGCACUGCUAAAGUUAGCCACAAUCUGCAUCCCAAACUGGCACCAUUUACAUGCACACUGUACAACCCUGAUUUUAGCAUUGUUGAAUAAUUGGGCCAAAUUUUGAUUUUUUUUUUCAGUCUUUUUUUUAAGGCCAAACUAGUUGGCUAGCCCAAACUGAAAUUCUAUUUAACCCCCUAGGUAAUAAGUUAGAGUGGUCCGGCUGCAGACAUUAUAUCUCACCAUAUAUCUCAGAAAGGAAGUUCUGUAAUUUGCCGAUGCAAGGUAUUUCAAGUUUUAGACAUAUAUGUUUUUAAUUCAACUUUAUAUAAUUAUGUAUAGACCUGUUUUAGAAGUAGUUACAUGAA